GCACCAGCAAAGGGGAAUAACUCCCCAAACUACAGACAUGUAUAUAUCGGACCGUGUACAGUAGACUGAUGUGGAUCAAAACAAGUUAGCUAUCCUUGUUUCAAGUUGAACCAUGAACACACUGGUGACUAUACUAUGGUUUGUUGUGGUCGUCAGUGUAAACACCGACGUAUCCGUACAUCUACACGUAAACGUACAAUCAGGCAACUCGGAAACGAAGACUGCAAGAACACUAACACCCGAAACAAGUUUACAAUUGACAGAAACGUCGUCACCAAAUACUAACGCAACAGCAAAGACAACUGGCUCACAUACCGGUGUGACGAAGGCAAAAGCAAAAGCACAAGCGUUUUCGUUGAAUAAGUCGGCAGAGAAUUCAACUACAACGAAACCAUCCUCGGACCAUUCUGGAACUACGACGUCAGCAAAAGGUGUCAAUAAGACGACAAACUCGACUGAGGCAAAAAUCACUACCAGUAAAGUACAACUCUCCACGACUAUCCCACAAACAACAACAGUCAAGGCUGAGUCCAUUUUGGAAUCUCCUACUAAAGAAGCACCAGUGAUGGUCAAGACAUCGGCAAAACCUCAAAGACGAAAAAUACUUGCAAUGAAUGAUACAACGGUUAAAUCUCAAAAUGCAACACAUGUUCCAAGUGUGAUGCCUGCCGUACCAACCAAAGCAGUGAAAACCGUCAAAACGUCGAUUACACAAAAGGAAACGAAAAACACGACUGUAAAAACAAUUAAAGAUGAAUCAAAGGUUGAUGUCACCACAAGCACUAAACCUGGGAAAUCAACAGUCUCAACGAAGACAAACGUUAAUCAGUCGACUGUCGCAAUGAAUCCAUCUGGUAGUACUCCGGAAACAACAGCUGCACCAGCUAGCACUGCAUCAAACACAACAGCAACGUCAUCUACUGCUAGUUCUCCACCAAAAACAACGACAGUUUCUAAAGCUAGCCAUGUUCCAAAAACAACAACGCCAGUUUCUAAGUCUAAAUCUCCACCAAAAACAACGAUAACUCCUAAAGGUAGCCAAGUUCCAAAAACAACAACGUUAGUUUCUAAGUCUAAAUCUCCACCAAAAACAACGAUAACUCCUAAAGGUAGCCAAGUUCCAAAAACAACAACGUCAGUUUCUAAGUCUAGUCCACCAACAAAGGCAACAACAACUCCUAAAGGUAGCCAUGUUCCAAAAACAACAACGUCAGCUUCUAAGUCUAGUUCACUACCAAAGGCAACAACGACAACUCCUAAAGGUAGUCAUGUUCCAACGAAAACAACAUCAGCUUCUGCGACUAGUCCUCUACCAAAGCCAACAGUGGCAGCGUCGUCUGUAUCUACUCUACCGUCAGGGUCAACAUCGACGUCUACACGUGCACCUGCUGGUAAAGGUAUACAGGUUGUAGAUGCAGAUGGAAACAGUGGAAAACUUCUCACAAUCAAACAAGGUCAUCUGCAAGUACAUCUGCGAGAAGACACCGUGCUCGACAUCAGCCACUUCUUCAACAGCCUGGACAUCAACCACGAUAUGGUCGUCGACCAGCACGAGCAGAAUCUCGCGUGGACUAAAGCAGACGUGAACGGCGAUGACGUCCUGUCGUACGACGAGGUGCACCCGUCUCUGACCUGGUACGAGGCGCUGGCUGUCGAUGUGGGUGGAGAUGGGAUUCCUUCGCGGAGAGACGCGCAGCACUUCACAUCUGGGAUGGAUCUCAAUGGGGAUGGAGUCAACGAUCUUUCAGAGUUCCUCGUCUUCAUUGGACUGGUAAAGAGCGGUAACAGCAAGAAACAUAACUACUAACAACACGAAGAUUCGUCGCACACUUGACAUACAUUGUACUGAACAGAAUAAAAACAUUAAACAAG